AUGGAGGUCUAUAACCAAUUCAUCGAUCCUUCUACCUGCUUAGCAUCUUUAGCAUGCCAUUUCACGUCUAAAGAAGACCAAAACCUAAUUAUUUCAAAAGGAACUGUACUAGAAAUAUUUAAGCUCAUUGAAGUGGAACCACAAGACUUAGAGUCUGAAGAAGGAAAUGCGAUAAAUGAUGUGGUUGCUGGUGCUGAAUCAUUUAUAGGCGAUGAAAUUAUUUCUACUCUACACGACAAACAUCAUAAAUUGUCACUUGUUACCGAAUACACACUCCAGGGUCGUAUAUUCGAAAUUUCUAAAUUCAGAAGUAAUGAGAAUGAAGAUCUUGACUACUUGAUAAUUUGUACUGAAUCCGCCAAAAUAAGUAUAAUAAAAUGGGAUGCGUCUGUUCAUCAUAUCAAGACUGUUAGUUUACACUAUUAUGAGCCUACGCUCGAAGCUCUGCUUGUUGAAAAUAUAGCGCAUGUCGAAAAAAGACACAGGACAGAUCCAAAUGGAAUAUGCACAUCAAUUGAGCUGAAUGGAAUUUUUAUGAUUUUACCAUUUUACAAACCAGAUAUGGACGGAAUUGCUUUCGGUUUCGAACCAGGAGACGAAGAAUCUGCCAAACAAUCGUCGUUUAUAGAAGAGAAUAUAAAACGUGACGAUGGAGAGAAUUUGAAGAAGAGAAUACUAGCAAAUGCUAGUCCAUCACAGCUUAAGAGAAGUAAGAAAAUAUCCGAUCCAAGUUUUUUCAUUUCAGGUGCUAAGUUACAUGAAGGCGUGAAAAAUAUUAUGGAUUAUCAAUUUCUUUACUCGUACAGAGAACCAACAAUUGCAAUAUUAUAUGCCCCAGAGGGACUUUCAUGGGCCGGAUAUUUACCAAAAUUGAAGGACAAUAUGAAAGUUGUUGUUUUGUCCCUUAAUCUUGAUACACAUAAGGCUGACUCCAUCAUGGUGCUUCCAAAUUUACCAUACGAUUUGAAUUCGAUAUAUCCAUUACCAAGCCCCAUCAAUGGAUUUCUUUUAAUUGGCUCGAACGAGAUUCUACAUGUGAACUCUCUCGGCUCAAUAAAGGGUGUUUAUACAAAUAAAUACUUUCCUGAAACCUCUGACAUGAAAUUAAGAGAUGAAUCUGACCUGAAUUUAGAGUGUGAGGGCUGUAGUGUUAGUUUUGUUGGUGACGAUCAGGUAUUACUUAUUUCACAGAUUGGAAAAUUUUAUGUUUUAAGCUUCAAUGAGUCUGGUGGAAUCUCGAACUUGAAUAAAAUAAUUGAGAUUCCAGAAGCCAACUAUUGCAACGUGUCUGUCAACAAUGUUUUGCAAAUUACAAACAUCGAGGACUGUAAUUCCGCUUUUCUUUGUUGCCAAGGAUCAGAUAGUAUAUUGCUUCAUUGGAACUAUAAUGUCCCCACGAGGGGAACUGUUUCAAAAAGCAAUGCUGGUAUAGAGAAAGAAGAUGAAGAUUCUUGGCUUUACCAUGAAGAUGAGACUUCACAGACAUCAAACAGACCAUUAACCAGCUGCACAUUUACUAAAAUAGACAAAUUAGUCAACUGUGGACCGACAUCAGAUUUUACUAUUGGGAAAGUAACAACCAAAAGUAAAGUGUUUGGACUUCCAAAUCCAAAUUUAAAUGAAAAUGCAAUAAUUUGUUCUUCUGGUUUGGAAAAGGACACGGCGUUGUCCAUAAUCAAUCCAAGCGUCAUUCCAAAUAUUAGAUCUACAUUGAAAUUCUCGAGUGCAAGCAAGAUAUGGACGUUGAAUGACUUAAGGGAUAUUACAAAAUAUCUGAUCACCACUGAUUUCAAAACCUACAAAACUCAAGUGUUUAUUGUUGAUAAGAAAUACAGGGAUAUGUACUCUCGUGAUUUUGACAAAGAACAAUACAGUAUUCAAUUUGGCACAAUAUACACAGGACGUGAGAUGCUCAUUACUCAAGUUACUCCAUACAAAAUAAAUAUGUUUAAUUUUAAGUUCAAGCUUGUGGAUUCCAUAACGUGCGACAAUGAAAUAAACGCAGCAUCCAUUUACGAUCGUUAUGCUAUUAUAAUUACGAAGAAUGGCGAGAUAAACAUUUAUGAAUGCAAUUUCAAAACCAGAAAGCUAGAAAAAUUAGAUCUACCGGCCCUUUUGAAUUAUAUGAUUUUUACGUACGGUUGGAUUACUGAAUCAUCCAUUCUAAAAAAUAUUUCUAACUUGUCUCAGGAACCGGCUCCGAAUGAGAGUUCAAAAUUAAAUCCAACAAAUUUCAAAAAGGAAAUAACAUUUUGGAUCGUCACGGCUGAUAAUAGAAUUCUUGUUUUCAAAAAGAACCACAAGGAAAAGGUUUAUGAGUUUAAAGACAUUCACACAUUUCCUGACAAUUUACAACUCACUGCAAUGAAUCCAAAUUAUGAAGCUGAUGUUGAUCCUCUCAUCAAGCAGGUUAUGUUUACAAGUAUAGGUGAUUCAUUCUACAGUAAGGAUUAUCUUCUUAUUCUUACCUAUGGUGGUGAGGUCAUAAUAUAUGAAAUGUAUCAUGAUUUUGCAUUGGACACAUACAGAUUGAUGAAGAGCAAUGACAUUUUCAAGUUUCCCGUCAUUGGCGCACCUGAAAAUUCUUACUCCAGUGCCACCCGAAUUGAACGUAAUAUGUUUAAGAUAGAAAAAUUUAAUGGUCAUAGCUGUGUGAUGGUAACAGGAUAUAAGGCAUUUUUAAUUCUUCGGCAGCAUAAUUCUGUUCCUAGAUUGUUGAAAUUUGGAAAUAUUCCUGUAUUAUAUUUUGCCCCCUUCAACUAUGAUACAUGCAAAAACGGUGUAAUCGCUAUUGAUGACAAGAAAUCGUGUCGAAUGUGCCAACUUGACAAUUCAUUUGAUUAUUCCAAUAGGGCUUCAAUAAAAAAAAUUCCAGUUGGGGAGACUAUCACCAAGCUUGAUUACGAUAAUAAGUCAAACACAUACGUAGUCGGGACUAUGUCGAAAAUUCGAUUUUUACCUGAAGAUGAGGACGGUGAAGAAAUUCAGGGAGUGGACCUCAAUAAAAAUCAUGCUCAUAACUAUAAGGCGCGAGUUCAUUUAUUUAGCCCCGAAACUUGGACAAGUAUCGACAAAGUUGAACUAGAAGAUAAUGAAGUAUGCACAACUCUUAAAGUUAUGAAACUCAAUAUUUUUGAGACCAUGAAUGAUACCAAAAACUAUGUUAUUGUUGGUUCGGGAAAGUAUCGGGUUGAAGAUCUUGCUACCAAAGGUUCGUGGAUGGUUUAUGAAAUUAUUGACGUUGUUCCAGAUCCCAACCACCCAGAAGCUAAAAAUAGAUUGAAGCUUAUUAAGAGUGAAUCCUCUAGAGGUUCAAUUCUUGGAUCGUGUAAUAUUUCUGGAAGAUUUUCCUUGGUGCAAGCCCAAAGAAUGUUGGUUAGAACGAUUAAGAAGGAUGGAAAUGCUGUCCCUGUUGCGUUUACCGAUACGUCACUAUACACAAAGGAUGUUAAGUCAUUUGAAGACAUGAUGAUCAUUGGUGAUGCAUUUGAUGGCCUUUCUUUAUAUGGAUUUGAUGCGGAACCAUAUAGAAUGCUCAAGCUGGGGAAAGAGACUCAAAAUCUUUCAUUGACUGCCUGUGAUUUCAUAGUACACGAGGGGGGAUUAUACAUUAUUGCGGCCGAUGAAGAUUCGGUGUUACACUUGUUGGAAUAUGAUCCGUACGAUCCGGAAUCUAUGAAGGGAUUGAAAUUAUUGACAAGAUCGGUGUUCAGAUUUAAUGGUUACACUACAGCUAUGAGAUUAUGUGAUCGGAAAAACUCAAUAUUCAGCAUGUUAGAUACUCUUGCUAUCCCGCCUGGUGCCGAUUUAGGAUUUGAAGUUAUUGGAUGCAACAUUGAAGGUUCAUUUUACAAAGUUACUCCUGCAAAUGAAUAUACUUAUAGAAGAUUAUACGCGUUGCAAAACCAUAUCAGUGAUAAAGAGUCUCAUUGGUUGGGACUAAAUCCCAAGAUGAAUGCGGUAGGCCAUCUUUCACACAUAAUGAAAUUGGUGAAAAGACCAUUUAUUGAUCUCAAUAUUAUCAAGCGAUACAUCAGUAUGAGCGAAGAAAAAAAAAUGCACAUAACAAAACGGUUGGGUAAAAAUGCUUUGAUUGAGACUUAUCGAGAUGUAAUUUCUUUACAAUAA